UAAACACUGGUAAAUACCUAUGUUGUGAUCGUGUACAUGUAUUUCUUAGUGUAUUGUACAAUACAUGAUGUGGUCAGUGGUUAUACUGUGUGUUUUGCUACCGUUUACUAUUGGUUUAGAUAAUGGUUUGGCCAGAACUCCACCUAUGGGUUGGAUGUCUUGGGAAAGGUUUAGAUGUAACGUCGACUGUAAAAAUGACCCGCACAACUGCAUCAGUGCCAAGCUGCUUAUGCAAAUGGCAGAUAGAAUGACAGAAGAUGGUUAUCUGCAAGCGGGAUAUGAAUAUUUAUCGGUCGACGACUGCUGGAUGGCAAAAGAAAGAAGAAUGAGAACGCUGAUAGCUGAUCCUGAAAGGUUUCCAAAUGGUAUGAAAGCAGUUAUUGAUUAUGUACACUCAAAAGGUCUCAAGUUUGGUAUUUACGGAAGUGUGGGCAAUAAGACAUGCAAGGGUUACCCUGGAAAUAAAUAUCACAUGGAACGCGAUGCCGCAACAUAUGCUGAAUGGGGCGUUGAUAUGUUGAAACUUGAUUGCUGUAACCCAGGGCCAAACUUUGUUACAGGUUUUGAACAGAUGGGAUUGUAUCUCAACAAGACAGGCCGACCAAUCUUAUAUGGUUGUAGUUUGGCUAUCUGUAUGGGACCAAAGGUCAACUACAAUUUAGCAAAAAAAUAUUGUAAUAUGUGGCGCAAUUAUGAAGACGUAGAAGAUAGCUGGCAAUAUGUCUUUAACAUCAUUGAAUUUUAUGGCAAAAACGACAAGAAGUUCCUGGAAAUCGCUGGACCUGGUGGAUGGAACGAUGCGGAUCAGCUGAUAGUUGGUGAUUUCUCAUUAAGCGCCGGACAGCAGCAGACACAGAUUGGGUUGUGGGCUAUAAUGGCGGCACCGUUGUUUAUGUCGGUAGAUCUCAGGAACAUUGAUGAGUCAGCAAAACAGUUGUUAUUAAAUAAAGAGUUACUGGCUAUACAUCAGGACCCACUCGGUAUUGCUGGAAAAAGAAUUUGGAACAUAGAUGGAUAUACAGGUAGACUGGAAAGUUGGCUCCGACCAUUAAGUCCUGAAGGAAGAUAUGCAGUUGGAAUAUUUAAUAAGAAUGUUGGUGGUUUGCUUCAGAUGGUCAAUCGGACCAUGUCUCAGCUAGGGCUAACGGAUGAAAAUGGGUACACCAUGAAGGAGGUGUUCACUGGAAUAUCAUACGGACCAUACAAAUCAUCAGACUCUCUUGUUAUCUUAUUACCUCCUUCAAAUCUAUUUCUGGCUGUAGCUACCCCUGUAACAGAAAAGGAACUCAUUGUGUCCUGAUGUUGACACAAUAAAGCCACUAAAUUAUAUAAAAAUUAACCUUUUUCCCAUGACUGGACUAAAAUUAAACAAAUGAACCUUAUUGUUAAACUUGGUAAAAAUGCAACGCAUGCGCACCAUCGUGACAAUGUUUUUGGUAGGAUUUUAUGUUCGGUAUUUUCAUGUAAAUAAUUCACAGUCGAACCAUAUAUUCACUCGAGUUAUGAAUGUUUCAUAAGGCAUGGUGGUGCAUUGAAUUUUGAAAAAAACUCUUAAAAGGGUGAGACCUCAAUAUUACUACCUCCUUCAAAUCUAUCUCUAUCUAUAGCUACCCCUGUAACAGAAAAGGAACUCAUUGUAUCCUGAUGUUGACACAAUAAAGCCACUAAAUUAUAUAAAAGUUAAUUUAUGAUGAAUGUUUUAUAAGGCACAGUGGUGCAUUAAAUAUUAAAAUACUGACAGAAGAGUGCAACCUCAAUAUUACUACUUCUUCCAAUCUAAUCUAGCUAUAGCUAUUUGUGUGGUUUGCGAUCAAGACAAUAGUCUGUAUUUGAUUUACCAACAAAGGUAGACGUUUUAAAAGCAAUGUUGACGCCAUAAUAAUAUUGGACCCAAACCACUAUACUCAUUACAAAGCCGUAAGCAUUUUAUUACCAAAAAAUAAUCUGGACGAUCCGGGUACAGGAAGGCCGCGAUACCUCUUACAAAAUGUAUUAUUAAAAUAUGACUAACUUUAUUUUCUCAUUUUUACGCAACCAAAAAUUACAACAACUCAUUCCCUAUGUGGUCUCGUGGUAGCAUAUGCGCCUAAAUCGCAAAAAUAAUGCUUUUGUUUGAUUCGUCGCCGAAUCAAUCCAAAGACUUUGAAUUUUGUAUUUACUUUUUAACUGUCAACCAAAUUAUAAUCAGAGUAGCAGAAAAAACUCUGUCUGGUUGGCUGAAAGCCAGAAUUGUAAUAGUCCUAGUGUCACGACUUGCUUUCUAAAGAAUAAAACUUUGCCAGCACGCAUGUGCAGGUCUACUUCAGUCUAGUAUAAACUCGUAAUCACACUCUUGUUUUUAAAAUGACUAUUUUUUUCUUUCAGACUAAUAAUAGAAUGAAUCGUGACUGUUGUAUUCUCGACUGCUCAUACUCAACUUGUUGACAUUAGAUCAUGAUCUUUGAUGACAUAAUAUCUUGGGAUUUAACACGGAUGUGUGUUUGUAUAUGUGUGGGUGGUUGGGUGGUCCAAUAAAGUUUUCGGAGAAUAUCAGUAUUGAGAUUGUGUGUAGGCGACGUUCCUAUGUAUUGUUAUAUUACUCGCAACUGCUUUUUGAAAAAAAUAUUAACAAAAUGAAUUCAUAUACAUAUAUUAACAUAAAUGUUUUAAGAAAUUGUAAAAAAAUCUAUACUUAUCAAAUAGAAUAUUAUAUUUAAAUACCAGGCUUAUUUAAAUUGUGUGUUAUGAUUUCAUAGUUUAUGACAACUUAAAAUAUAUAAUAAAAAACAUUUGUAUAUAACAACAAGAAUAAAA